AUGUUCUCACGCGUUCUUCGUCUUCUUUCUUCGGAUAUGGCCAUCGACCUUGGCACAGCAAACACCCUUGUACACGUUAAAGGUCAGGGAAUUGUCCUUAAUGAACCCUCUGUUGUUGCCUUAGCACAACAUAAAGGCCGCAAACAAGUUUUGGCUGUUGGGGAUGAAGCAAAGCAAAUGGUUGGACGCACACCAGGAAAUAUUCAAGCGAUUCGCCCCUUAAAAGAAGGCGUCAUCGCAGACUUUGAUGUGGCGGAAGAAAUGAUCAAAAGCUUCAUCCACAAAGUCCACAAUCGCCGAAGUUUUGUCAGCCCUCAAAUCGUUAUUUGCGUUCCUUCUGGAUCAACAGCUGUCGAACGACGCGCCAUUCAAGAAUCUGCAGAAAGUGCUGGCGCUGGAAAAGUCUACCUUAUUGAAGAACCAAUGGCUGCAGCGAUUGGUGCAGGUCUUCCUGUCACAGAACCCACAGGAUCCAUGGUGGUCGAUAUUGGGGGAGGCACAACAGAAGUUGCUGUUCUUUCUUUAGGGGGUAUUGUUUAUGCGCGUUCUGUACGUAUUGGCGGUGAUACUUUAGAUACAGCCAUCAUUCACUACAUACGUCGCGCAAAUAAUCUCCUUAUCGGUGAAUCAACCGCUGAAAAAAUUAAAAAAGAAAUUGGCUGUGCGGUUGCUCCUGAAAAAG